AUGCGGAGAGGACCACUCAGCCACCAUGUCGGAGGAAUGCGAGAUGUAAGUGUUCCAGAGGACCUUUUUUGGGCAAGUCAUUUUGUUGAGCAUGAGAAUAGUGAUUAUCGGCAUGAUCUUGGUCUCUGUAUUACCGGUGAAGGCCUUCAGUGGGCUCGUGUAAUUAAUGGGUAUGCUAGGUUCCUUGAUGAAGCCCCUGAGCUUGUGAAGAUUAUCCAAGUGUCAUGCAGAGAGGACCACUCAGCAGCAUGUUGGAGGAAGGCGAGGGGCCUUGUAUGCUUGGGUGGAGGCCAUCCUGGGCAGCUAGGACUUGAGCCCCAAACUGGAUUUUUUUCUUGCACUCCAAACGAAUCUGAAGUGAUGCUUCACAAUAUACCUGUUUUGGUGAUCCUGACUGCCGGUCAGAUAUCACUACCUAUUGUUUUCAAAGGUCCAAAUGGUGUUGCUGCUGGUGUUAGGGCUCGACAUUCCCGGUGCCAUGCAGCAUGGAUUAACGGGUUGAAAGCUGCUAUAAGGGAUCCAGAUCAAAAUGAAUUGCUAUGA